CAGGCAACUUAAAUCACUGUGAAUAUACUGAUUGUUAAAGUGGGCAGAUUCCUAAUAUUUAUUUUAGUAAGUGUGCAUCUACACAUUAGAUUGUUUCUACCUACAUUUAAAUCAUACCAGUCUACGAACAUAUUUAUUUAAUAUCAUACAAUUCAACUGGAGCUGAAUAAAUAAAUCUAAACUUAUUGUCAAAUGAGUCACUACUGAAAAGUUUUAGUUUAAACUGAAAAGGUGUACUUGUGUAUCGCAAAUAUACUUUCAAAACUUCUUCCGGUCUGCUCUUAUUCCUGGUCUCACCAUGACCUCAUUAUUUUGGCUUGUUGCUCCUGAUGAGGUUGAAUAUAAAAAUCGCAGCAAAAUAUCAGUUGUUGGUUGUGGAGCAGUUGGAACAUCGAUUGCAUUUUCUCUGCUCGAUAUGGCUGGUGCAAUUGCCCUAAUUGAUGUCAAUGAAUUUAAGGUAAAGGGUGAAGUCAUGGAUUUGAUGCAAGGUCAGCUGUCCUCCGGAUAUUGUAAAAUUACUGGUGGUUCCGACUUUAAAUUGACGACAAAUUCAGAUAUUAUCGUAGUUACAGCAUGUGUGACUGAUAAAAACGAAAAUCCUGAACAACAAUUAGUAAAAAAUGUUAAACUUUAUCAGGAAAUAAUCCCUAAGAUUACUUAUCAUAGUCCUCAAUGUGUUUUGUUGAUUGUCACAAAUCCAGUUGAUAUAAUGACACAUGUAGCCGCCAAACUCAGUGGUUUCCCGAAACAUCGAGUUUUUGGUACUGGGACAAUUUUGGACUCAGCAAGAUUCCGUUAUCUUCUUGGUCAGAAAUUUAGUGUCGAUGCCUCAUCAGUUAAUGGUUAUAUAAUUGGAGAACUUGGUGAAAAUAGUAUACCUUUAUGGAGUACCGUGAAUAUUGCUGGUGAACGUUUAGUCACAAAAAAUGCACAUAUUGGAUGUUCAAGUGAUCCUGAAAAUUUCAAAUUGGUUUAUGAAUCGACAAUCAAAAGUACAGAAGAACUUAACCGAUUAAAAGGUUGUAAUUCAUGGUCUAUUGGACUUGCUUGUCGUGCCAUAUGUGAUGCUAUAAUACACAAUCUUCAUACCAUUUAUCCCGUCUCAGUGUAUGUUAAAGAUAUGAAUGGGAUCCAAGAAGACGCUUUUCUGAGUUUUCCUUCUUUGAUCAACUCUAAAGGAAUAAGUCAUAUAAUACCACAACAGUUAAAUCCUGAUGAAGAAAGGAAAAUAAAACAAAGUGUUCAGAAGCAAAUAAACAUGGUGAUACAUCUAGGCAUAUGAAGCUUCACUGUAAUGGAUAUUUUCAGUUUGUUCAGAAUGACUUUUAUUAUUUAUCCCCACUAGUAGAGAAUUCCCAAGCCACAAUCAAAUCGACUGGUGCUUUUCACCUUGUGAAUUCAUAAAUGAUUGAUGGCAUGCUGACAUACCAUUACAGGACAGCAGUACAUCCAUAAAAUUCUGGUUUGUUAAUAAACAAAGAAGUAGCUUUCGGUAGUACGAGACUGACAUAAGAUUCCGGGCUAGAAUCAGAUAACUCAGGUAUCAUACAUUGAUUACAUUCAUUGGGUAUGUUACAAAUGAGAUAUUUAUUCAUGUACUGGUAUGCAAGUCAUAUCGACCAGACGAAGAUGGUCUUAGUUUUUAUUCCUGGUUUUAAUUGUUCUGAUUCACCUGAUGUCUUAUAACUACUUCGUUGAUACAUCAUAGUAUAUUUGAUAGUAGAGUUCGUUAGUAUACACAGUAUUCAUGGUCAUGAAUAUCAACAGAUCUCUUCAGUUUGUUAUGGAGUAAUGAAAUAAACAUAGAAAGGAGAUUAUGUCCUAUUAGAAAUUUAGCAGUUUGUUUAUUUGGGAAACAUUUCCGAGGCCUAAUAAUGACUAAAUCGUUCUUUGUUGAAUUAGUUUAUUCAGUGUCUUCAAAACUCUUGUAGCCUUCAUUUUACUACAGUAUUUCGGAAUAAUCAAAGUAAUCACAACUAAAAAUCCGUCUUGUUAGAGCUUUAAAACAUUUGUUAAAACCAAACACUCAGAAAAGUACCUAAAUUUGCAAUUACAUGAAAAGCACCCAUUGAGUUAUAAAAACUAGAAAAUUGUAUUGAAAUAAAACUAAAAUUAUUUUGAAGCGAUCUUAUUUAGCUCAUCAAGAUAUCCAACUAUUUACUGUUUAAAGAAGUAUUACAGCCAGCUAUAAAUUGGUUCAAACUUACUUAACAUUGAGAUAUCUCACCAGAUCACCAAUAAAUAGAGAUAUUUAAAGCUUAAAAAUUAUAAUCAGGCGUCAGACAUGCAUCUUGGUUUAAUGCAUCGGUUUGAUGAAUCCCUGUUAACUUGAGUAACUAAAAAGGGGCAAUCACCAGCCUUAUGUCAUAGUAUUAAUACUAACCAAGGUUGUUGGGAUACACGUUAAAUAUUACAAUCCACCGACUAUUCUGAUGUACCACGUCGGAUAGCAAAAAGCCGACGACAUGCGGG